AGUUUCUUUCUCAAACACCAGAUUCUGCCCUUCUGCCGCAGGGACACGUUUGCACCGUUCCCUGGUGACGUUUAAAAGCCCUGCUUAACGUGCCAGUGAAUUCUGACUGUGCUGAACAGAGGCAGGAAGUGGUGAGAGACGAAAGUGAAAGGAAAGUUACUGGAGGCGGUUCCAUCCCCACCCUUUUCUUCCUGCUCUGUUUCAUGGUUUCCCUCGCCCGGCUCUGGUCGUGUGGAAUGUGAUCGUGUGAAAUUAGGAGAUUAGGAGCCUUGGCGUCGGGGGCCUGGUGACUAUGGUGCUGCUGGGACAGGGGGAGCAGUUCGGAAGAUGGAGUGCACUUUUUAACCUCUGCACGAUAUUGUGUGGCACGAUUACGCCUUAGUUUGCCUAGUGUCCCUGCAUUGGAGGACAUGUGGGGUGCUCCUAGUUGUUGGAGGUUACCCGUCACGCUGUGAUGAGACGCCAGGAACAUACCCUGUUGAGCACCCAGCAAAAUGCCUGACGCGUAUUGUAAAUGAUGUCAUAGCAUUUGAUGAGGGAACCAAGCAGUUAAUGGUGCUUUUCUUCCUCAUCAUAAUGUUGUGUGUUGACCUAGGCUACAGCUACAUUUGACCAACACGGACAAGCAUGGAUUUCAGCAAUUGUCUGUAUGAGAUUGGGGAAGCACUGAGCAGUGAUGAGGUGGCCUCGCUCAAGUUCCUGUGCCUGGACUACAUCCCACUAAGGAAGCAGGAGCCCAUCAAGGAUGCCUUGAUGCUCUUUGAGAAACUCCAGGAGAAGAAAAUGCUGGAGGAGGACAACUUGUCCUUCCUGAGGGAGCUGCUAUUCCGAAUCGACAGGCUGGAUCUGCUGGAAAAGCGCCUGAAAACCAGCCAGGAGCAGAUGCGGAGGGAGCUUCAGAUCCCGGGCCGGGCUCAGAUCUCUGCGUACAGGGUCAUGCUUUUCCAGAUUUCAGAAGAUGUAACUGCACCGGAAUUGAAGGACUUUAAGUUUUUUUUGAACCGGGAGCUCUCCAGAUGUAAACUGGCGGAUAGCAUGAGCUUGCUUGAUAUUUUUAUGGAGAUGGAGAAGAGACUUAUCCUUGGGGAAAAAAAUUUGGACACCCUAAAAAGAAUCUGUGGACAAAUCAACCGGAGCCUGCUGGAUAAAAUCAGUGCUUAUGAAAAAUUAAGUAAAGAGUCUGGGGUCCUGUGUGAGGAGAAAUGAGCAGGCUUGUUAGGGAAACAAUGUCAGCUUGGGUGGGAGCCAUUGAAUGAGCCCAAUCUGGCUCAGGGGCCAGCCUAACCUUGGACCAGGGAGUUGUUUGCUCACAUCUCAAGUGUUUGACCGCAGUGUCAGCUCCUGGGUUGUGUUUUUGUUUUUCAGACAGCAGACAAAGUUUACCGAAUGGAAAGCAAACCUCGGGGAUACUGUGUGAUCUUUAAUAAUUAUGAUUUUAGCAAAGCACGGGAGAAGGUGCCCAAACUUCGCAAAAUUAAGGAUAGGACUGGAACAGACUUGGAUGCAGAGGCUUUGCACAACACCUUUAGUGAGCUUCAUUUUGAGGUAGUGCAUUACAAAGAUGCCACAGCAAAGACAAUCUGUGAGAUCCUGAAAGACUACCAACGCAUGGACCACAAUGGCAAAGACUGCUUCAUCUGCUGCAUCCUUUCCCAUGGAGACAAGGGCAUCGUCUAUGGCUGCGAUGGGCAGGAAGCCCCCAUCUAUGAGCUGACCUCUUACUUCACUGGUUUGAAGUGCCCUUCCCUUGCAGGCAAACCGAAAAUCUUUUUUAUCCAAGCUUGCCAAGGGGAUAACUACCAGAAAGGCAUAGCUGUUGAGACCGACUCAGAGGAGAAGGAAGCCUAUUUAGAAAUGGACUCGAACCAGAAGAGAAAUAUCCCAGAUGAGGCUGACUUUCUGCUGGGGAUGGCCACUGUGAACAACUGUGUUUCCUACCGAAACCCCACAGAGGGGACCUGGUAUAUCCAGUCACUGUGCCAGAGUCUGAGAGAAAGAUGUCCUAGGGGUGAUGACAUUCUCACCAUCCUCACUGAGGUAAACUUUGAAGUGAGCAAUAAGGACGACAAGAAGAAUAUGGGAAAGCAGAUGCCACAACCCACUUUCACGCUGAGAAAAAAACUCUACUUCCCCCUCAAUUGAUGUCGAACACUAUGCUUAAUUUUUGUACUGUAAUGCUUUUACUUUAUGCUAUCAUUUAUUUGCACAACACUAUGCUUAAUUUAAUUGUUAAUAAGAUGCUGCUGCCCCUGCCCUGUUUAUUUUAUUUUAUUUUAUUUUAUGUUGUUAAUCCUCACCUGAGGAUAUUUUUCCCUUUUUGAUGGGCUGCUUCCUGAAUGAGCCCCAAGGUAGUGCCCUUGACCGAAUUGAACCUGGGACCCUUUGGUCCACAGGCGGACGCUCUAUCCACUGUGUCAAACUGGAUACGUCCCCCCCCGCCCCCCAGUUUUUGAAGGCAGAGAGGGGAGAGAAUGGGAGUCAUGACAAUUUAAUUUUUAUGCAGAUUGAAGCCUAAAUUUCUGGCUUUGCAAUGAUAGCUAGAUAUUUAUAGCCAUAGGCAUGAUUUUAAUUGUAUUUUUAAUUUGAUAAAAAAGUUUUAAAAACUAUAGUAGAUACAAAGGAUAGUAAGUUUAAAAGAAAUGCGACAUUACAAUGGUUCAAAUACAGUGGCAGAAUGUACUUCACUCAUCUCUGAUCUGCUUUCAACCCCAAAUCAUUUAAUUCCCUUCAAAUCAGCGGUUGACAACCGGUGGUCCUCGGACCACUGGUGGUCCGUGAGGUCCAAAAGGUUGGCGACUGCUGCUUCAAAUUGUUAAGAAUUGUUUUGUUUUGUACUUUCAGUCCCUCUCUUUCCAAGCCAUCCUCCACACUACAAUUAUAUGUAAGGAAAACUUUUCCUUUUUAUUCAUACUAACUAAAAUGACAUAAGAUAAAUUAACAAUAGAAAAAUAAAAUUAACUUUCAUACAUGCCAGAGUUCACAGAAAUAUGAGACAAAAAAAGAUUGCCCUGACCAGUUUGGCUCAGUGGAUAGAGCAUGGGCUUGUGGACUGAAGGGUCCUGGGUUCGAUUCCCGUCAAGGGCAUGUACCUUCCUUGGUUGCGGGUACAUGAAUCGAUGUUUCUCUCUCAUCGAUGUUUCUACCUUUCUAUCCAUCUUUUUCUCCCUUCCUCUCUGUAAAAAAUCAAUAAAAUAUAUUUUUUUAAAAGUUAUCACAUCAGGCAGAUUUUUAUAUCUUUUAGACACAAUAACAAUAAAUUUGAGAAGAAUUUAUAAGACAAAGAAGUUUGGUCUUAAUUAGUAAAGAAAUAACAAGUUUUGUUUACACAGCCUUCUUGGCCCUAAAUUCCCUAUCUGAUAAUAUUGAUGCCUUCUACCCUCUUCAUACAGGGUUGGGGGUAGGGGGGGCUUUCACAUGGGACAUGUAUUUCUGACUUUCAGGGGAAUAAAACAGGGUCAGAGUGUCCGUCUUGUACUGUUGUGUCUCAAGUAACUUGCACUACACGCUUCUUUAAAAUACAAAUUGGAAAAUACUAUUUCUUGCAUUAAAAGCUUUUAAAAACCCAAAAUGGUUUUACAAAUCAGUUACAAUCUAUUUCCAAAUUCCCUUUUCAGCCUUUCCUCUUAUUGCUCUUGUAGUAUAUGCAUUUUUCUGUACAUGCUCGAUUUGCUUUUCUGCUAGCAUUUCUGUGCUUUAUUCAUGCUUUUAAAAUUAUAAUUUCAUUUGAAAUACUAAUGAAUUAUCUUGUUUUUAAAAGCUAAUUAAGUUUUUUUAAAAAAAUUAGUUUUUCAAAAGUACUUCUAGUUAAAAUAUAACUUAACUUUACUGUUCGCACGA